AUGCCCGACAACAAGCAAAAGGCCACCCGUGCGACGCCGCUAGACGCACUCGCUCUUCCGCAUGUCGUCGAGGCCAUCGCCACGAGCUGUGGCAACCACCAGGACCUUGAGAGCUUCCUCGUAGCGGUGCCUCCAUCUCUCUGGACGCCGGCGCUCACGGCAUUUCUCGACUGCAAGACGGUCAUGCCAUCCUCGGUCCGCGCCAACUGGCCGCACAUUGAGCUGCACGACAUAGACUUGCCGCCUUCAGUCUUGGCGCGGCUUGCGGCGACGCUGCCGCUGCAUCCGCGCAUGGAGCUAUUGUACCCGGUCGGCGACGCAGCGCCACUGGCCCGGCUCAUCGACGUCCUUGGACCUGCGCUCAGUGGGGUCGAGCUUUGUAUUUUGAGCGACCGCACGAUCGAUGGCCGAGGCAAAGCCAUCAGCAACCUUCUCUUGCAGCGCUGCCCGCGUCUGCGCCACGUGUCGAUCUUCGUGGGAUCCAGCCCGACGACCGACAUGAUUGAGCUCAACGACCUGCUUGCAGUCGUCGCCCACCCGCAUGUCCACGACUUGUAUAUCAACCUGCAGCGGGCAACCGGUGCGCCGCGACUGGGCCAUCACUUGGCUUCUUGGCUCUCGACGGCGCCGGCGACGAAGCUCAACAUGUCCAAUGUCUCGGCAAUGGACGCCGAUGGCGUAAUUGCGUUCUGCAAUGCGCUACAAACCAACUCAACCCUUCAAGAGCUUGUAGUCAGCAACGUCCCGAGUCUCGGCGGCUUCCACGGUCGCACGCUUCCAGUGUCCUUGGAGACCUUGACAUGGGGUGUGUGCUACAGAGUUGUCGACCAAACAGUGACCGACCUCGCGACCGCCGUCGGGCCCACGCGCCUCAAGCGCCUCGACUGCAGCGUCUUUGGUCGGCUGGCAAAAUACCGGGCCGCGGCGCCAAUGCUUGAACGACUCCAGUGCCUCAUGGUCUCCGAGUUGAACGCUGACGAAAUGGGGGCUUUGAUAGCGGGCUUACCGGCGGCCCCAGCGCUAACGACUCUCUCGCUCCACGAUUGCAUCCUCUCUUUGUCGGCCGAGCUGCUCAUGGAGACGCUCGCGACGAAGUGUGUACGUCUCGGGGCGCUGGUUGUCAUCGAUAGGCAUUUGACGUCCAAUGGGUUUACAGCCGUGCUGUCUGGCGUGGUGCGACUACCAUACUUGACGUCGCUGAUCCUACCCAUGCGUCUUUCCGAUGUGUUGAACCUGUUUCCUGCGCUCGCUGCCGCGGGUCGCCACCUCCACUACCUCGACUUGAGCAUCUUGCGACGACCCGAGGGCGACUUGGAGAGGCGCGCGAUCUACCAGGCGCUGACGCAAGCCCACGAUGUCCCCUUUGUGCUUCAGAGUAUGCCAAAGGACAUGGACAACUUUGUUGCCGACGCGCUCAGUCCAUGCGCCGAUCGUUGUCACCAGUGCGACUUGAUUCUCUAA